CUAUUUAUAUGACCCUGUGUGACGACAACGUUAUGUUUAUUUUUCGUUAGAUAUUAUACAUUUCCAAUAUCAACUUCCUUUUCCGCUUGCUUCUCGUGUCGCCGGUUAAUAUUUCACGAUGGCUCAUCCACUACUUUUUGAUGGUACCUGGACCCAGCAAUGGAAGUAUGAAUCUGCAGAAGCAUUCUACCAGCAGGUUUUAUCUGGAACAGGUGGAGCACAGAGUCAGGGAACAAAUGUAUCACAUGGCAGCAACUUAAAAUCAGAAAUAGCCAAAGCUCGACAAAAUAUCCAUAAGGCUCUAAACGAUUUGGUUUGUGUUCAUUGUGUUGUACAGGGAACCGGUGACAGUACUUCAGGGGGAGCAGUAGACCAACAAGUGCUCAACAGAAUCAAGUCCCUGGAAACAGAAAACAAAAAUCUCAAGAAAUCUUCCCAAGACCUUACAUCCCUUGUUAAAAAAUUGGAAGCAAGAGUGGCAGCCCUUGAGCUGGCAAAUGGUGGUUCAUCAGCCCCUGCCAGUAAACCAGCAGAAAAACCUGCUGCAAAAGAUGAAGACAGUGAUGACUUUGAUCCUUUUGGUUCUGAAUCUGAGAGUGAAGAUGAAGAAACCAAAAAGAGAGUAGCAGAAUAUACAGCAAAGAAAGCUAAAAAAACUGCUAUUAUAGCCAAAUCUAGUUUACUAUUAGACGUUAAACCGUGGGAUGAUGAAACUGACAUGAAGGAGAUGGAACGUUUAGUACGGAGUAUAGAAAUGGAAGGUCUUGUCUGGGGCCAAGCUAAAUUGAUACCAGUAGGGUAUGGUAUAAAGAAAUUGCAAAUAAACUGUGUUAUAGAAGAUGAUAAAGUCAGUACAGACGAUCUAGAGGAAAAAAUUGUAGGAUUUGAAGACCUUGUCCAGAGUAUGGAUAUAGCUGCCUUUAACAAGAUCUAAAUGGACAAUAAACUUUCUCAUUUGAUCAGACAUUCAUAACGUUGUCCAGUAUUUAUAUAUGACAUUGCAAGUGUCAGGAAAAUCAGAUAUUUUAUAAAAAAAAGAUAAUUUAUAAUAAAGUAUUAUGUCUGAUA